UUUGUCCACCAUACGAACCGCAAACCAAAAAAGGGCUACGGAACGGAAAAGUGUGUCCCGUUUCCUGGAAUGUUGAUGUUCGCUAAUUCAGGAAUCGGAAUGUGGCGGCAGUAAGGAGCAAAGGUCCUUACCGGAUGUUUUUCGCUCAUCAGAGUAUGAUAGUGAAAAUGAGAUGAGUAAUAGUGAAAAUUCAACGCCCGGAGGUGAUUGAAAACCUGAGGGCGGCAGCAGCUGAGUUUAAGUGCUAUUAAGUUUCAGUUUCCGGGGAAGAAGUUUGCUCACUGUCUUAAAGCUGAUUGCUUGCGGAAAGUACCAGAAAAGUGAUACUGGGAAGGAUCAGAAAAAAAAGAAGCUAGUGGUGAUUCUAAAACUCUUUUGCAAGAACCGCCUGCAUGCCUGCAAGUGACUCCCUCGGAUUGCAACUAUGAUGGACUGGGGCAUUCGGCGAUCCAUAAUGUUCCACGUUCGCCGACGACCUGCCGAUUCGCAGCCGCGCCGGCGGAAGAAAAAGCCGCUGGGCGUCUCGAAUGGGGGUGGCAAUCUGAGCGGCGACCGGGAGGGACCGAUGCUGAUCGAAAUUACCCACAGUGGCGACGGCGGCCGCCGAAUCAAGCUCGGUUCCGAACCGAUUGAGGUCGGUUCGGCCAAUACCAAUGCGCUGCAGCUGUUCGGACCCUCCAUUCAGGCGCGCCACUGCCUGAUAUCGCUGCACGAUGGCGUCUGUACGGUGACGCCCCUUCAUGCCGACGGAACCACCUUUGUCAAUGGGCAUCACAUCCAGCAGCCGACGAUAUUGCACAACGGUUCGGUGGUAAUGUUCGGUCGGGUGGCGUCCUACCGCUUCGUCGAUUCUCCCUCCGAUGGGCGGUACAACCUGGCCCUGUCCCAGUCCCAGCUCGAUGCGGCGUGCUUAUAUGAAAGCAGAUCCCCAACCUCUCCCGCUUCCUGGCAAGAUGAGGAACGCCGCCCGGUAAGUCCGGUUAGUUCGGUCCAGCCAGUUCCGGGACCUAAGGCAGGCAGCAACAGCUUCCUCGACACGACCGAUGGGGCCAAAUUGCUAGACCAACAGCAACAGCAACCACAGAUCGUCAAACCGCCGUCCUUCGAUAUCCAUCAUCCGGGUGGGCCUGCUCCCGGAAGCAUCGGAACCCAUCCGCCGCACAUCCACCAAACGCAGAACCUUCUCAUGACCAGCCUGGACUCGGUGGACACUUCCGGUGGAGUGGCCCUGAAUGACGAUGCCAAGAGCACCGCGACCGGAGAUUUCAACGAAAAUGAGCUGGGCGGCGGCAGCAACAUCGAAACGGAAACCAAAUCCGUAUCCAGCUUGAAAUCGAUCGGUUCGGCCCAGGACAGGACCAGUGCCUUUCCGAAGCUGCAACCAUCGCAUGUGGCCGCCUCGAUUUCCAACGAACCGGGCGGCCAGGAACCGAUUCUUCCGGCGGUGCUGGAAUUCCCGGAACAGCACCAGGAAGCCUUCCUGCAGGCCGUCAUCAGCGAGCUCGAUGUCAAUUCACCUAAUUUUAAGCUAGCUCCCGUUUACACUCUGUACCUUUGUGCUAGAUACCGUGCCUCCACCCACUACCGUCCCGAUCUGCAGCCAACCGAGCGUGCUCAUAAGUUAACAGUUUUCCUCCAUCACGUUGCCAACCUGAUCCAGAACGUCGUUCAGGAGCAGUACACCGAUGCCAAAAUCCUGUCCUUUUGGAUGGCCAACAGUUCCGAGUUUCUGCACUUUCUCAAAUCCGACCGGCACAUCUCGGCGUUCAGCGUUCAGGCACAGGAAGUGCUUGCGGAGAGCGUCCAGACGGCGUUCCGCAAUUUGGUGUCGAUAUUUCAGGUCGAACUGUCCCAAACGCUGAACCAGUUCCUGUCGGAAAAUAUUGAUCACGAUUCCGCCGCCGGACUGGUACUUUCCGUGCUGGGGUCGGCCAUGGCCCUGCUGCGGAGAUGUCGGGUCAAUGCCGCGCUCACGAUUCAGCUGUUCUCCCAGCUGUUCCACUACAUCAACGUGGUUUGCUUCAACAAGUUUGUCACGACAUCACACAUGUGCACCAGUGCCUGGGGCAAUGCAUUGAGCGAGCGCCUUUCUUUGCUGGAACUGUGGGCCGAGAAGCAGGGCCUGGAACUGGCUGCCGACUGCCAUCUGGCCAAAAUCAACCAGUGUGCUCAAUUCCUGCAGGCGCCAAAAACUACCGUCACCGAUGUGCAACAAUUAGCAUGUUCGUGUUUCCGGUUAAACUCCCUUCAAAUGGCGGCGCUCCUGUCGCAGGAAACCAUUCCGCGGAAUCUCAUCGACGCGGCCGUCCGGAUGGCCGAAUCCGUGGCCGACGAGCUGAGUCGGGCCGAUGGCCGGGAGAUACGGUUGGAUGAAUCGCCGGAUCUGCCGCUGCAACUGUUGCUACCGGACGACGGAUUCAGCUGCGAUGUUGUGCGAGGAAUCCCCGCCGGGCUGGUGGACUUUUUGAGUCCGUUCCAAAUGGCCAACAUGUGCCGGCUAGCGUCGCAACCGACGAGUAUCGGACUGUGGACGGUUUACAUGCACCAAUUUAACCAGGGCCGAUCACCGAGUGUCAUGUCCAGCAAGCUACCGCAGCCGGAGAUUCAAAUCAUAAAACUGCACAAAAAUGCUAACGGCAUGGGCCUUUCGAUAGUGGCAGCUAAAGGGGCCGGCCAGGAGCGCUUAGGAAUCUACAUCAAAUCGGUGGUCACCGGAGGGGCGGCAGAUUUGGACGGGCGAUUGCAGGCCGGAGAUCAGCUGCUGGAAGUGGACGGUCAAUCGUUGAUCGGUAUCACCCAGGAACGGGCCGCCGAUUAUCUGGUGCGGACCGGCCCGGUGGUAACUUUGAAGGUGGCCAAACAGGGCGCCAUCUACCAUGGGUUGGCAACCCUGCUGCAGCAACCCAGUCCUGUGAUUCAGCGAGGUGGCAGACGAAUGUCCGAACGAGACAUGACACGCAUAGGCACCACGGCAUCCUCCAGCGAACAUUCCAUCAACAAACCCCCGAUUCCUUCACCAUCCGUCGGCGGCACCGGUCAGCAACUGCUGGCCAACAGCAAGUCGGUUCCGGCACUGCACCACGUGGGCAAUAUCGGUGCUUCUGCAAACAAAUCUCGAAGCAUUCAUAAUUUGGUUGGAAGUUCCAGCCAAGACCAAGGGUUUUAUCAGAACCUUAGCGUGUACCGUGCCCAGAAUCAAAGCCAUCCUAAUUUAGGUGAAAGACCUCCAAUGCCACUGCAGACAUCGCUGAACUCUCCUGGGGCAUCGAUUAGCAGCGGCGGAAGCAAUCAACUACAGCAAUCCCAGCAACAACCAAUUCUAAGCCGUCCAGCAUCUGCCUAUUUCAAUAACAGCAGCAAUAACAACAAUCCCAACCCCAACUCCCUGCUCCUGACGGCACCAACUGGUUCCAUCGGCUAUGGUAUGCCGGGGCAGCAACAACCAGGUCCCGGCAACAGCGCCACGGUUAAUCGGCUGCACAAAAUGCCGCCGCAACAGCAACAAAUUGGUCCCAACACCUUUGUACGGGAUGCACAGGGCCAGCAAAGUCUUCGAUUGAACCAAAUGAUGGCACCUUCUAUGCCAAACAUAGCACAUUCCUUCCAGCAGCAGCAACAACAUCAAACGGGGCCGCCAACUGCCCAUCAUCAUUCGAUCGGUCCUCAUCCGGGAGGCAUUUCGGCCAGCCAAAGCAUGCAGAACGUGAACAUGAUUGCCGGAGGGCUCGGGUAUCAGAACAACAGUCCCAUGAUGUCUCCUCAGCUGUAUCCCGGUGAUCAACAACAACAGCACCAUGCUUCGCUUCUCCGUGGUCAAGCCAAGCUAGCAGAAAUGAACGAACUGCUCAAACGACGCAACCAGGUCGUCCCACCUCCGUCCCAACAGCAGCGUCCCCACAACACAGAUUCUUCUAUGAUGCCAUCUCCCUCAUUGCCACAACCAGGCGGCUUUGGUGGUCCUAGUCCUCAUCCCAGCACACCCCUUACUUCACACAAGCAGCUUCCUCCAUCGACAGCCCCGAAACCCCUACUUCGAGCCCCGGAUCAAGAUCAACCACCUCUUCCACCGACCAACACACAUCCACUGUUCAAAACUGGCCCGGGCAGUACCACCACUCUCAAUGCACCGUACAGUGCUUCGGAACCACCAAAAGUUGGAUUCUACCCAACGGGCCCCCCUCAAUCUAAAAGCAUGAUCGCUCCCGGAAGCAACCCAUGGGAGCGGGAAGAAAAAGAAAAGGAAACCGAAAUCCGUCGGGACCAAAUUCGCGUCUGGAAAGAUCAACAAAUCCAAGACCUACAAGCCCUUGGGCACCGAACGCAACAGCAGGACGAACAGUUGCGAACCCUUACCUUGGAACGAGAUUUCGAACGACGGGCUAUGGAAGAAGAUCCCGACUUUGACAACGAUCCCUCCCCCUACGGUAAGGAUCCGGUAGGAAUGCAAGAACUUGUCCGUCUCACCCAAGCGCAAAAUACCAUCACGGCUCCGCUCACCAAAAUGAAGCAGGUCGACAUCAAGAUGCCCUCGGUAGCCGAAUCGGAUUCCGGUUCCGUCGAUGGUAGCCAACCCAACAACUCGGUUGCCAACACCAUUGCCAGUUUCCAGCAACAAGUUGCCACGGCCAGUGCCGCUAUCCAACCGAAGAGUAUUCUCAAGCACAACAGUACCCCCUCGUCCCCGUCCAAAUCGGCGGCUGCCGUUAAAUCGGCCAGCUACGACAAGCACCUCAAUCUGAGCGAAAUUACAAUGAACAAUACCAACGCCAAUCAGAUGAUGUCCCAAAUUGCCAUGGAUAUGAACCAGCUCAAUUUGGCCGAUCGCGUCGACGAGGAACUGAACGAUCACCAGGCCAUGAACGGCUAUCUGCAGGAUAGCAUCAACAAUAACAAUGGCAGCAACAACAGUGGGCUGGUGCCUCCUCCACCGCCUCCCGAAAGAAAUAGCUCCUACCAGAUCAUGUCCCAACAGCAACAGAAACUGCGCGGAAGCUCAAACAAGCUGACCUUCAACAGCAACCUAAUCUCGGAACAUCCGCCGCAACACCAAAACGCCAUCAACAACAACAACAGUAACACCCUAGGGCGAUACAGUGGCAACCUACUGACGACCGCUAGCACCAAUAACAGUUCGUCCGCCACCCAAAAUAGCAGUAUGCAUCAAACGAACUCCUCGGCGGCGGCUGCUGCUGCAGCAGCGGCAGCUGCCGCCAAUCGGCGUGUAUCCUUCCACGAUGAAGAUGCAGCUGCGGCUGCCAACAUGAUGAACAACAACGGACCAGCACCGAUGCAAGGUACCAUGGGAAGUAGCUACACCGAGGCGGGACAUCUCAUCGGAAGCAGCGGUGGCGGUGGAUCCGGCGGCGGUGCAAUGGGAGACCAGGGCGACCUGGAAACCAUCAUGGAGCGACCGGAUCCGGAUCGCUUCAUCGACGAAACCAUGCCGGCGAUGCUGCACACUCCGACGACUCCGGAUGCCGAUAGUAGCGGCGCCAGCUGGAGCAUGCAGUCGCAGGCUACCCCAGGGGUGAUCGGAGCUCAGGAAGUCUACCGAGACCCCAGAACCAGGCGCCUGGCCGAGCAGCAACAGAAGCAGAAGUCCGAAAGCACCCCGGUCCCGGAAAAGCUGUCGUUCAAGGAAAAGAUGAAAAUGUUUGCGCUAGAAUCGGGCGAGAACAUUACACCGAAGGACAAGGUGAAAAUUUCCCGGGCCCAGCGGGACAUCGACGCGGUCCACUAAGAAGCAGUGCGCACUGAGGCCCCCCCCCCCCCCCCCCUUUUACGAUAUGAAUAUUGAGACUCCAAACCCACCCCUCCAAUUAGACUGCUUACCAUUCGAAAGGAAUUGACUCGGUUCAGUUGAACCAGAACAUCUUGAUCUAAUGUGUAGGUGUAGAGCAAAAAGGGGUUGAUUUUAUACAUUUUGCCACGGUAAAUUCUAUUUUGUGUAUAAAAUAGUUAAAUCAAGCAAACAGGUUUUGAGCAAAGUUUAAUUUUUUUUUAUCUUUUCGUUUGGAUGCUUUAACUGUUGAGUAUUAAAGAGAAAACACUUCGUUGUUUUGUUGUUACUUGUUUAGGAAUUGUGUACAGACAAGGCGUGGAUACUAGGGAAAAAAUUAGGAAUUCCAUCGUGAGUUUCUUCUUGCAAAGUGCGAACAAAAAUGUCAAAUAGUAGUUGAGCCAAGUGUGUAUCUUCUCCUCGAAUCGCUCCCGUCUACGGGCUGUAGCAGUAAAUUGUAUGUGCGUGGAAAAUAAUGAACUUCACUAGUGGAACCCAUCGGACCAAAAAUUGUAUUUUGAAACAAAAAAAACACUAUAUAAUUUUUAUACCUUUUACGACAGAUACACAAUCUAUAGAAACUGUGUGUUGUUAGAUGAAACAUACAAGAUUUUAGAAUUGUAACAAUUAACGAUAGGAGAAAGUAAACGAACAAAAAAAAACCUUAUAGAGAAUGUAGACGGUUUAGUGAGUUUUAAGCAACAUGUAAAAACUGUGGUAAAGAGCGGAACAAAUUCAUAUAACAUACUUGAACGAACCCUUUUUUUACGAGCAAAUGUUUGUAACAGACUAUUUGGGCAAGAAGUUUGUUAGCUUUUUCUUAACCGAAAACUGUAUACAUUAUUCGGCAUAAGUGACCUAACAGAGAAAGAAACGCGAGGAAACAAGACACAGUAAUAAAUUACAUCGCUAAAUGUCCGAUUAUCUCACCUCACCUCUCCAUUCUUACAAAAAUAAAAAAAUCAAAUCCAAGUUCUAUUAUGGAUUAAUGUUAUCCCCUAGUGGUUCAAAUUCACAAAACAACAAACACUCCGGUCAAUUUUGCCUCCUUUCAUAUUGAGAUAAAAAUAGAAAGAUUAAUAUUAGCAGAUAUGAGAAUAUGUUUCAACAAACAACUACAGUAAACGAAGAUAACUAUUACGAUUAAAAUAUAGAUGGUGUGAGUACGAUUAUUAUCCUAUUUAAUAGAUGUGUAUCGAGAUCUUUGUAUAUUUAGACAAGAAUAAAAAAAAAAAAAAGAUAAAAAAACAAACGAAUAUAAUCUGUUAAAAAAAACCUUUAUAUUCACUUCGAGCGAACAGCGUUUUAACACUUCGUAAUAAAAAAAAACAUAACAUGGAUGCAUACCUAAGUGAUUUGAUACGGUUCAUGAUCGUGGAAAAACAGAAAUGAUGAAACACAAAACAAACGGAAGAAUGGAAUGAUGUUGAUUAAUUCGGAAAAAAUCGAAGAAUAUUGCUUCGCCUGUUACGUUAGGUUUAUUGUAUUAUUGAAAAACUUCAGGAAUUUAAAGUAUUCAUAGGUUGAAAAACGAAGCUAUUCCACUGAAAGAAGAAGAGUUUUGAACAGAAUACUGUGUCGCGUCAGGAAUUUCAUCAAUUUUUAACCAGAGAAAUUAGAACGCAUUUCAAAGCACUAUUGUAUUUAAACUAGACAACUAAAAAUAACGACAGCAUACAUCCUCAGAGUCAAACUUCUGGACGAGUUUGGCUGAGUAUAACUGAACUGAUGGGAUCAUUUUCAGAAUGCUUUUAAUAGGAAUUUUCACGUAGAGUUUAAGGAACUGCAGCAACUGCAAUUUGAAACAAUUUUUUUAGCACAUAUAUUCACGAGACCAACACCCACACACGCAAACAGUUUACACAUUUGUAUCUUAUGAAUAAUAUUCACUUGAUUCGUAUCUGCAAAUAUAGACGAUUAAACUAGCAAAAGAAGGAUUUAAAACUAAUUAGAUACAUAAACUCACUCAUAUAUUCCAGCAAAUAAAUAUUUCUAACGAAGAGAAGAGUCAGAAGAACAAAUAAGCAAAUGAAACUCAUUAUCCAGAUUUUUCUCUCCUCCAGAAAUAACAAACGAACUAAAUAAACAUUAAAAAGAGCAACAAAAAACAUCAAAUAACAUCAUGCAAGUUAAAUUAAAACUGAAAAGGUUUAUCGAAAUACAAAACACAGAUAAAUGUUAUA